UUACUACCGUCACGACGUUUACGGACUUUCGGAGGACCUUGGUAGUUGCUGCUGCUGCUGUAAAUUUUGUAUGUGGUUGAAGGAUAUCUAGAGAAAAUGCAAAGCUUGGGAAGAGUUUACAGCACGCUAGCUAAGAGAGGCCGUACACGUCUCCUUCCAGGCAGUUUACAAGGGAUCCCUGCAGUGCUUCUGAGGACGUAUGCUGACAAGUCACCAAUUGAUGCUGAUAUUACAGUUAUCGGUUCUGGUCCUGGUGGCUAUGUAGCAGCUAUCAAAGCUGCACAGUUGGGCUUUAAGACUGUCUGUGUGGAAAAGAAUGAUACUUUAGGUGGAACAUGCUUGAAUGUUGGCUGCAUUCCUUCCAAGGCCUUGCUCAAUAGCUCCCAUCUUUACCAUUUAGCUCAAGGAAAGGAUUUUGCCAACAGAGGAAUUGAAAUCAUGGGACUUCGUCUUAAUCUAGAGAAGAUGAUGGAACAGAAGAGUGGUGCAGUGAAAGCCCUCACUGGUGGCAUUGUCCAUUUAUUUAAGCAAAAUAAGGUAACACAUGUUCAAGGGUAUGGCAAGAUUACAGGAAAAAAUCAAGUCACAGCCACAGAAAGAGAUGGCAGCACACAAGUAAUUAACACUAAGAACGUACUCAUUGCAACAGGUUCAGAAGUUACACCCUUCCCUGGACUUGAGGUUGAUGAAGAGUCUGUUGUAUCUUCAACUGGAGCCUUGUCUUUGAAGAAAGUUCCUGAGAAGAUGGUCGUUAUUGGCGCAGGUGUAAUUGGAGUAGAACUGGGAUCAGUCUGGCAACGGCUUGGUGCUGAUGUGACAGCUGUUGAGUAUCUUGCACAUAUUGGUGGACUGGGCAUUGACAUGGAGAUCUCUAAAAACUUCCAGCGAAUUCUACAAAAGCAGGGCCUGAAAUUCAAGCUCGGUACUAAAGUUACAGGUGCUGCCAAGAGACCAGAUGGAAAUAUUGAUGUUUCGAUCGAAGCUGCUGCUGGAGGAAAGGCUGAAGUAAUGACUUGUGAUGUACUUCUGGUUUGUGUUGGACGCCGUCCCUUCACACAGAAUCUUGGUCUGGAGGAGCUUGGAAUUGAAUUGGAUCGAGGCAAAAUACCAAUCAACAGCAGGUUCCAAACCAAGAUACCAAACAUCUAUGCUAUUGGCGAUGUAGUUGCUGGCCCUAUGCUUGCCCACAAGGCUGAGGAUGAAGGUAUUCUUUGUGUUGAAGGAAUAGCUGGCGGUGCAGUUCAUGUAGACUAUAACUGUGUCCCUUCAGUAAUCUACACUCACCCUGAAGUUGCUUGGGUUGGAAAAUCAGAAGAGCAGUUGAAAGAAGAGGGUACUCCAUACAAGAUUGGCAAAUUCCCAUUUGCUGCAAAUAGCAGAGCCAAAACCAAUGCAGAAACAGAUGGUCUAGUCAAAAUUUUAAGUCAUAAAGACACAGACAGAAUGCUGGGCGCACACAUUCUUGGAACAGGCGCAGGUGAAAUGAUAAAUGAAGCUGCCCUUGCAAUGGAAUACGGUGCAUCUUGUGAAGAUGUAGCUAGAGUGUGCCAUGCUCAUCCGACUGUAUCAGAAGCCUUUAGAGAAGCAAACUUGGCUGCAUCAUUUGGAAAAGCUAUUAAUUUCUAAGAACAACUUACUACCUGUACAUAGUCAGUGACUCUUGGAGAACAGCAUGUGAAAGACUGGAUCUUUCCACAGAAUGACUGGCAGAUUUGUCAUAUCAUUUCUGUUUAUAAGCUUUUACAGCUGUAAUGACUGGAUUGUUCUUGUGUAAAGUCGACAGUCACCUGAUUUGGAUUUUACUUUUCAAAUACAAAACACUGUGGUUUAAGUCUCUAUUAAGUGAAUUGUAAAUGAGCAUACUGUUGAAGGUAUGGUAUUUUCUUCUCGGAACCUCUACUACUGGCGGCUGUGGUGUAUCACUUCAUUCCUGUGCAGGAAACAGAACAGCUGAAAUCCCUGUCCAGUGCAAUGUAGUGAGGGAUACUUGAAUCACCUAAUGCAGUGUUUUGAUGUUCUUAAAAUAAUUUUAUGGAAGAAGCAUGCUGAUAUUCUAAAAAAAAAAUGCUGUUUCAGGAUGUUUCUGCAUUAGUAAUAAUUAAUAAAGUGUCUUGUAUAGUUUUA